UUUGAUUAAACCAAAAUAUUACAUUUUUUUUCAAUACUAAUUAAAUAAAAUAUGAAAGUAUUAAUAUUCACUAUAUUAUAUUUUGCAUGUUUUCAGUUAACUUUACAAUUAAUAUGUGACCCAAAAACUUUUGUGAAGACGAUUACUCAAAAACCUCGUUGGGAAUCAUUUAGUAACAUAAAAGUAAUGUUUCAAGAGAAUCAAAGUAAAAAUUUAUGUUAUCAUCAUACUGAGUUCAUCAAAAAUCCAACUUCGUACCAAGAUUAUAUAAAUUUACGGGUAAAAAUUACAGCACAGCACGUUUGUUCAAUAAUUAGUUGUAAAUACACUUAUGUAUUACUUACGUAUGUGACUUUGAUUGAACAUUUAGCUAAUGAAUAUAAAAUUUUAUUAAAUAAUGAUAAUAGAAAUAUCGAUUUCAAGUCACUAUAUAAUAUCAUAAAGAAUAUUGAAAGAGACACAGAAUUUAUUAAAGAAGGGAUCGACUUUGGAUAUUUAUUAAAAAAUAAAUAUUUCACUGAAUCAUUUCUUACUACACCUUUAAAAAACUUGUACAGAAAUUUUAAUGAAAUAGAUAUAUCAAUUAACGAGAAAAGUUUAUUGUUGUUCAUGAAACAUGAAAACAUAAUUAAUCUAAUGAUAGAGUCUCUUAAAACCUUCAAAGAAGAAAUAUAUGAAAAUGUAAUUGGAAAAUUUUGUGACAAUCAAGAUCCUCCAGUGCCAAAUUUAGAAUCGUUAAGAAAUGAACAUGCAAAUAGAGUACACACUGAAACUUUUGAAUCUUUUCUUACAAGAAAAACAUUACAUUAUCCCUUUGACAGCCAAGUAAAAUAUUUUUCACAACUAGGGUUUUCUUUAGGAAGUAAACGCCUCGAUAUAAUAGCGGCAGAACUUCCCAUUAGACCAAAAAAGGCCAUAGCUGCCUCCCCAAAAAAAGGGAGUUUUUCUAACCAUUGAUACUGGGAGACUGGUGGCUAUUCCGUCAUACAUUAAGUCAAGCAUCUCAAUAAUUCAAAAAAUAGUAUUUAGGCGAAUAAUAUUGAAAAUUGUUAGAAUAUGCGUUAUUGAUUUAAUUAAAUAGAAGUUAUUCAUUUAUAAAUUGAAAAUAUGAUUUAACAUUUAGUAAUUACAAUUAAUUUUUUGUUUAUUUAUGUCUAUUUUGCUUAGGUAUAUUAUUCAUGUAUUCAUUUAUAAAUUGAAGUUAUGUUUUUAAAUUUAGUAAUUAUAAAUAAUUUUAUGUCUA